AUGGCGACGCUCAACGUGCUCGGGCUGAACUGCGGGACAUCUGUCGAUGGCGUGGACGUCGCACUUGUGCGUAUCUCGGCCCUCAAUCGGUCAGACGUCUCGAUCAAGCUGGGACAUUACAGCGAGCAUCCAGUCCCAUCUUCCCUGCGUUCACGCAUCCUGGCACUGUGCAAGAAGGAUGCUCCAACGACACUGGAGGAGGUCUGCGACCUGAACUUUGAGCUGGGCGACGUGUUCGCUACUGCAGCGCUCGAGUCGGGUGUGGAUAUGAGCAAAGUAGACCUCAUCGCGAGCCACGGGCAAACACUAUGGCAUCAUCCGGUCGCUUGCGGAAAGGGCGGGUACGCCAGUGGAGAGAGAAGGGCAGCGACGCUGCAGAUGGGUGAGAGUGCCGUCAUUGCACAGAGGACUGGUGUCGACUUUCGUGCCGCCGAGCUCGCGGUGGGGAGGCAAGGCGCCCCGCUCAGCGGUAUCCUGGAGUCGGCGCUUUUGCGGAGUGACCGGCUCGUAGUGUGCCAGAACAUUGGCGGGAUGGCUAAUGCCUCAGUCGUUCCGCCCGAGGGGGCCGAGGGCGCCGAGGGGGGAUGGUUCGCCUACGACACGGGGCCGGGGAACGUGCUCAUCGACUGUGCGGUGCGGACGCUGAGUGACGGUCGGGAGCAGUGUGACACGGACGGACGCAGAGCUCUGGCUGGAGCGGACAGCAUCGACGAGGACUACGUGCAAGAGUGGCUGGAGCAGUGCGAUUACCUGCAUCGAAGACCGCCCAAGACGACCGGCCGCGAGGUCUUCUCCGAGUCCAUGGGCCAGGGCAUCGUGUCCGACCUGCGCGCUCGUGGGUUGUCCGACGACGCCAUAGUCGCGACCGUCACCCGUCUCACGGCCUUGUCCAUCAUACGCUCUCUCCAGUCCCACGUUGAGAGCACCCAUGGGCCCAUAGCAGACCUCCUGGCAUUCCCGUGUGCGCGGGUGAGAACGCUUGACGAAGCGAGGGUGCCGGCCGAGGCCAAGGAGGGGGUCUUGUUUGCGCUGCUCGGGUACCUGUGCGUGGGCGGGAGGAAGGCGCGUGUCUCGGCUCUGGAGAGUGGGCCCGAGGUUGUGUUGGGCAAGAUCACGCCGGGGGACAACUUUACAUCUCUGAUGCGGAGGGCACUGAGUGAGGAGGACGCAGAGGUGCUCGGUCGCGUUGUUCUCGAGCAGUACCCGAGUGACUCGGCGGUGACCUUUUCCACUGUACCCCCCCUCGCUUCCCCCGCAGAUCCCGCAGAGUGGACAAGAGACCCCGCAGCAAAGCACACGUUUGGGACUCGUCGCAGCUCGUUUCUCGCUGUUUUGGCCGACGACUCCAAGCCUGACAAGAUCCCAUUAUCUCAUCCAUCCUCAACAACAAUGCCUAGAUCCGAUCACUCGGCUCCCUCGGCCACACCCUCUGCUCCCUCCGCACCCUCUGCUCCAGCUGGGCCCUCAGCACCCCCUGGCCCAUCAGGUGCGACCGCUGAUGUGGCGCACUCCUCCGCCCACCCACCUGGCAUCCCAGUGCGACGGAGGCCCAGACAAGCCCUGCACAAGGUGAGUCAUUCGAUGCCCCGUCCAUCGGCCCCCCCUUCUACCCCGCAGCCCCGCGCUGGACCUGGCCAUCCCGAUUCCGGAGAGUCGAUAGGUUCGCUGGGUCGUGCGGGCUCCUCUGUCUCGCUUGGCCCGAGGCUCACGCCCUCUCUUUCUCGCCGGGGUCCCCAGGACGAGCAGUGGGCCACCAUCCUCGUCGACGACCUGCGCUGGCAGCAGAGCGUCGAGAUGCGCUUGCAGAACCUGCAACAGGAGAUUGCAGCGGUGCGUGCGGCGAACGCAGAGCUGCAGCGGCAGGUUGAGAGCGGUGUCCCUCCCCGGUUCGACGAGAUGAAGCACGAGCACACCCACUCUCACACCCACGCGCAUCGCGAGCACGCACGCGAGCGCGAACGCGAACGCCGCGACGCGCGAGAGGCGAGGGAGUACCAUGACGAUCCCCACAUUCGCAAGCGGCACCGCUCGAGCAGCCCCAUCCACGAUCACGGACACGGGCACAUGCGGCGCGAGUCCGCGUCCCGCUUCGUCCUUCCUAGCCACCUCCAUGGUCUCCGCGAGAUCCUCCAGCCUGCCCUUAACGAACUGCAGCGCCCCGAUCCGCUCGACGUGUCUAUCGACGACGCGACGAUCCUCUGGGAGUCGUUCUACGACUCGCUCGCUAUCUUCUUCGGCUUUACGGCGUCGACGGAGCAGCCUACGCCAUCUCCGCUCCUCUUCUCUGCGGUGGUCACGGCCGCAGCGAAGCGGUUCAGCGACCGCCUGUCCACGCCGGCUGAUCGGUGGGAGGAGCUCUUCAAGCGCUCCCUCAUCCGGCUGCUCUACAUCACAGUCCCGAAGACGUGGGACGACGUCGUCGGUCUCGGCAUCGCGCGCUCCUUCUUCUGGAAAGCAGACGAGAUCACUGCCGGCCUCAUCUAUGGCGGGUUUGUCGAGACCGCGACGCCGAAUCAGAGCAACCAGCGCGACAGGCGGGUGUGGGACUUCCUCGAGAUGACCUCUGUCUCGCACGGGAUCCUGCACCUGUCCAUUCCGAUCAUGCCUGACCGCCCGCCGCGCGGUGUGCCGGCCAGACGGACGAGCCACCUCCUCCUGCAUGCGCUUAACGAGCUCUUCGACGCACUCGGCGUCGUCAACCGCAGCCUCACUACUGCAAGGUCCAUCGUCAUGACCGCCCUCACGGGCAAGGCGGGCCCGAGCCCACUGACAUAUGCCGAGGUCGCCGUGCUGCGUAACUGCCGUCACGACCUGGAGCGCUGGGCGCCCAAGUGGCUCUACGAGAUACAACACGCGGAGAACGCGAAGCUCCCCGUCGGCCACCGGCGCGAGUUCCUCCUGGACUUGAUCAGCCUGUACUACCACGUCGCCCUCGUUGUCGUGGACGGAUACUUGAACCAGUGCGCGCAACCGGAUACACACCGCCUGCACGAGAGCGCGAGCGACCUCCUCAACCUGGCUGCUGGCAAGUGGGCAGGCUCCCUGCACCUCUGGCCGAAGCUCUUCCUGCACACGGCGUUGAUCGCCGCGAUCUCGCUGCCCCCAGAAGACCCGCUCGUGCGCACCUGCCACGAGCAAUUCGUGCACCUCUCGCCCAUGUUCCAAACCUCGGGCAGCAAGCUACUGCAGCGCCUGAGCGAGCGUCUAGAGCGCAGUGCAGCCGACGCGGGCGCACCGCCGCCCCCUCCCCUCCCCGUGUUCACGGACAUAGACAUGAGUAUGGCGUACACUGGCUCGGACAGUUUCUGGGCCGACAUCUCGGGCGUGCUGGGACUCGAUGGUGGCGUGCCCAUGCCCCCUCCUGGGGCGGUCAUGCACCAGGAGGUGUGGCAGGGUGCACCCCCACCGAGGGAUUUGGACCAUUGGGGCAGUGUCAGGCAGCAGUGA